AUGAAUCGACUGAGAUGGGUCGGAGAAGGCGACAUUUGGGAGCUUGAUAUGUCUACUCCGGUAACACUCGAAGCCACCGCACGAGCUGUUUCCGACGACCCUCUUCCUCUUGGUCUCUCCAGAGGCAUUCGUCUCUCUCGCCCUAAGCAAGCUGAGUUCUUCCACCGCUUCAUGGCCACACCUCUCAUCCCUUCCUUCUCCUCUCUCCGUCACACCACCGGCGAAGGAGGCGGUGGUGGAUUGUCUCUCCAAAGAGUCAUCACUUUCCCAUUCUCCAACAACUGGCUUCUGUCUCUUCUGGGUCAAUUCGAUGUUCAGAGAUUCGUAUCGGAAGUAAAAAAGAGUGAAGAUUUUGUCCGUGGGUCUUCUUCUGCAGCAGCUUCUCGUUUAAACACAAUCACCAAACAUUUGAAGGAUAAAUCGUUGUACGCAUUGGGUUUUUGCUCUGAGUUGUUGUUAACACCAGAGGAUACUUUGCUUCUUAGCUAUGAUACUUACAAAGGUGAUCUUCAAAAGAAUCCUAGAGCUAAAGCUGUCUUCAAUCACAAGUUUCCACUUCACAAUUUGACAGCAGAAGCGGUUUGGCCUGGACUAUUUGUGGAUAAACAUGGUGAAUAUUGGGAUGUGCCAUUAUCAAUGGCUAUCGAUUUAGCUUCUCUUCCUGCUGAGUCUGGUCCAAGUUACCAUUUAUGUUUGCACCAUAACAGCGGAUCGCCAAAGAAGUUUAAUUCUGAAACUAUCGAUGUGCCACCACCACCGUCUCUGCUUCCUGGUUUGUCUCUAAAAUCCGCAGUCUCUUAUAGGACAAACAUGGAUCUUUGGAGGGGUACCAUUCCAAAGCUCGAAAACUGCAAGCCUUAUGACAUCUUCCUCAGUAUUCCUCAUGUCUCAGUCUCUGGGAUUAUUGGUAGUGUGAUGACUGCAGCAUUUGGUGAAAAUUCAAUCAGAACAAAACUUGAGAAGGAUUCUGAAGGCGUUGGAGGGUUCUCUCUUAAUCUUCCAUCUCUAAAUUCCGGAUUCAUGGCUGAUGCCUUAGGACGUGCAUCACUCACAGCUCAGUAUGGAAACUUUCAGAAGCUCUUCUUUGAUCUCACCCGUUUCCAUGCUAGAUUAGACUUUCCACAGGGUCUGAGGUUUCUUACCGGUGCCACUACUGUCGCGCAAGAACUUUUGAAUUCUCGGCAGCCUAGUUUAGAAGCGUUUCAGAAAAUCUGCCCUGAAGUAUCAGUUUCUCUGCAGCAACAGAUUGUUGGACCUUUUAGUUUAAGAGCUGAGUGUGGAAUUCAAAUUGAUGUGAAGAACGGAGCUAACCCCGUGACUAUAAAUAACACAGUAUUUGCUAUCGAAUAUGCUCUUCGAGUGCUUACUUCUGCCAAGGCUGUUGCUUGGUACUCCCCAAAACAGAAAGAAUUCAUGGUUGAGCUUCGUUUCUUUGAGACAUAG